AUGACGGCCAACUAUGCCUGGCUGUGGGGUGAAGAAGUAGCAGUGGUUUUUUUUCAGAGAGGCAAUUAUGCGAGGCAGCUGCACGACACCUUCUAUAUGUUCGGGUCGGGCCUAUCCCGUGAACCGACGUACUAUCACGAUGCAACGAACCUUACCAAAGCCAUGGCUGUAGAUUUUUCAGGGUUGACUGGUGAAGUGGAGAUGACAGAGAACAACACCCGUGUUGCCGACUUUAUGCUCUAUUAUCUCGAUACGAACUUUCAACAACAUAUUUUCAUGAAAAUAACCUAUAAGGAUGCAAAAAUGGGAAAGGCGCCUUGCAAAAGAGCGAUUGAUGAACGAGUGGAAGAUCGCUCACCAUCGGAUUACUGUGAUAUCAGA